AUGCCAAAUAUUUCCUAUGCUAAUCUUCUAUCCAACAUGUUCUGCGUUCAUAUUUCCUUACCAAGAAAAACAAAUAUGGCGAAGUCUCAAGCUCGUACAGGCUAUGCUGCAGCUUAUCUCAAAGCUAAACAUUACCAUCGUCGGCAACAACAAUUAAAUUUAUGUUCACGUAUUUUAUCAUUUUGCAAACCAAAUUUAUUCGAUAACAAUGAAUCGAAAUUAUGUCGGAAACGUUCUUCAAUUAGAGGAUGUGCAAGUUUCGCUCGUUAUGAUAGAUAUCAAGGUGACACAGAAGAAGAUUGCUAA